AACGUUUUCAAUAUAAAGAUAAUCAAUCAUAUCGCAAUGAAGAAUUCAUAUAAAUGGAUCUUGUGCGGGUCUAUUGCUACUACCAUAAUGUAUCCAUUGACUACAGUCAAAUUCUAUCAACAAAUGUGCAGCAAACCCGUUUCAUUUCUCUCGAUUUUGACUCGUUAUUCGAGAGACCUUAGAUACUUUAAAAAUAUUAUGAAAUUUCGUUUUGGAUUACUUUCGGCAUUAGCAGCUGAUAGCAUCAGCCGCUUCUGCGAAGUUUAUAAGUUUGAACUGGUGUACAACUUUUCGGAAAGCCAGACUAGACCUUCUGUAUUAUAUCUACUGUUAGUCGGAGGCGCCGUGGAAGUUGCUGGCAGUUUUUUACGGACACCUUUUGAAGUUAUCAUGAGGCGUGUUGCAUGCGACUCGUUUUAUUCCAAGUCAAGUAAAGCAGAAAAAAAUGAUCAUUCUUAUGCAUUUAGCAUGGCUGAAAUAAUAAGAAUAGAAGGCUGGGGAAAGCUAUGGUGCGGUAUUGCUCCAACAAUUAUCAUGUCGAUCCUUGGGAACGCGAUGGUAGCAGUCGUAGUCACCGAGUCUUGGGACUUUUUUGUAUGGCAAAAAUAUGAUUUUUAUGGACAUGUUGCAGCUGUAACAGUUUUGGUGGCAGUUACAUCAUUGAUAUUAACACCUUUUGAUCAUACUUUAACGAUAAUGCAAACUAGAAAAGAAGUCAUGAAGAAGAAUGAUAUUACGGACAUGGUCGAAACCAUAGGAAAAAUAUCAAAACAAAACAGUUUAUGGGACUUGUGGAGAAGUAGAAAUUAUUUGUUCACACACUUGAUGCUCCAUGCUGUGAUAAGAUACUACCUCUUUUUUAUCUGUGCUACCAAAUAA